ACUACUAGAAUUUCCCUUUAGUUUUUGUGAGUUAAAAAGGGUUUCUAAGGAAAAGAAAAGCUAAUUUCCAAAAAUAAAGGUAUUAAAAAAGUUGAUAUCAUAAUGUUUUACCAAAAAAUGCAGAGACUUGGAUGUUAGUUUACCCACUACUUAUACGAGACGAUGAUGAAAUCUGAACCCCUCACUUUGAAGCGACUGGACCUGUGACCUGUCCUUAGUUGCAACAACAAUGGUCUCAACUUCCCUUAGCUAACCCCCAUCUAAAUGUUUAAUUUCACUGAAAUCUUGUUUUUAACCUCACAGGAACUUGAAUCCGGCAGCAAAUGGACAGAAGGAGAUCCAUCUCGCAGGGCCAAAUGGUGGUACUCAACCUUUCACACUGUUACCGCCAUGAUAGGUGCCGGCGUUCUCAGCUUGCCUUAUGCCAUGGCCUACCUAGGAUGGGGUCCAGGAAUCAUGGUGAUGAUAUUGUCUUGGUGCAUGACCUUGAACACGAUGUGGCAGAUGAUACAACUCCAUGAAUGUGUUCCUGGAACUCGCUUUGAUCGCUAUCUUGACCUUGGCCGUUAUGCUUUUGGGCCAAAACUUGGUCCCUGGAUCGUCCUCCCUCAGCAGCUGAUUGUUCAGGUCGGGUGUGAUAUUGUGUACAUGGUCACCGGAGGGAAGUGUCUCAAAAAGUUCAUGGAGAUAUCCUGCACCCACUGCACACCACUCCGGCAGUCUUACUGGAUCCUGAUUUUCGGCGGCCUCCAUUUCUUCCUGUCUCAGCUCCCCAAUUUCAACUCCGUAGCCGGUGUUUCAUUAGCUGCAGCAAUCAUGUCCCUUAGUUAUUCAACUAUAGCAUGGGCCAGUAGCCUGGCUCAUGGUCAGGUGGACAACGUGAGCUAUGCAUAUAAGAAUGCGAACCCGACUGACUACAUGUUCCGUGUCUUCAACGCACUGGGUCAGAUUUCGUUUGCAUUCGCCGGCCAUGCAGUUGCUCUUGAGAUUCAGGCCACGAUUCCAUCCACUCAUGAGAAGCCUUCCAAGGUUCCCAUGUGGAAAGGUGCCAUCGGUGCCUAUUUUAUUAACGCAAUCUGCUACUUUCCGGUGGCCCUAAUAGGAUAUUGGGCGUUCGGACAAGAUGUGGAUGACAAUGUGCUGAUGGCACUCAAGAAACCUGCCUGGCUCAUCGCCGCUGCCAACUUGAUGGUCGUCGUUCAUGUCAUUGGAAGUUACCAGGUUUAUGCUAUGCCGGUGUUUGGUUUGCUGGAAGGGAUUAUGGUGAAACGACUAAAGUUCCCACCUGGAUUUGCACUCAGACUCAUCGCUCGUUCAACUUUUGUUGCUUUUACAUUGUUCAUAGGAGUCACCUUCCCAUUCUUUGGAGAUCUUCUUGGUUUCUUUGGUGGAUUUGGUUUUGCUCCUACUUCAUAUUUUCUUCCGAGCAUAAUGUGGUUAAUCAUCAAGAAACCAAGACGAUUCAGUACUAAAUGGUUCAUCAAUUGGGCUUCUAUAUUUGUUGGACUAUUCAUUAUGUUGGCAUCAACAAUUGGUGGUUUAAGGAAUAUCGUCGCCGAUGCUUCAACUUAUAGUUUCUAUACAUGAAAAUACUAAUCAUGAAGAUGAAUGUCAAUUAAUUUGGAGAGAUGUAAACUGAGCUUUGGAGGACAUUUAAUUAUCUUAGAUUAUAUCUUUCUAAGUAUUUGUUAUCUUGAGCAAGGAAUGAAGAUAGAAAGGUUAAUGUCUCUUUUAAGGAAAGUAAGAGUUGUUUGAAUUACAGGUGUGGGGUUGGGUAGUUAUUGGAGAGACUUUUUUAUUGUAGAAGUCUAAAUUAAAAAAUAAGGAUAGAAACUUUUU